UAUCGGAGCCCCCAAAAUCUCCCUCGCUUUUCUCUCGCCGACGAUCCUAAUUAAUCCCCACCCACUCCGAUUAGAUUUUUCCGAUUUCAAUCUCCCAUUUGUUCAGAGAUUUUCCGCCUGAUUUUUUGUUGGCCUUGGAUGUGAAAUGAUGCAGCGACUCGUCGACAACGCCAUCGCUGUCACCAAAGAGUCAGUGAAGACGUUCACGUAUGAAUCGCUGAAUAACAUAGUGAGAUUCAUCAAUGGAGUUUCGGCUUUGCUGUUAGCGCUUUUGCCAGGGAAGGCGAAUAUUCUCGAAGGAAUCCAUGGCUGGGAGCUCAGGCCUACCUUUCGUGGACCUCGAUUCCCUCGCUGGAUGGAGAACGGGGUGUCCUCUUUCAAUCAGCUAAUUCAUGAGCUUUCUGUGGAUUCCGACACGGACGGUUCGAGUUUAGAUUAUGAGGAAGAAUAUAGUGAUGAUGACAUGAGUCCUUCGUCGCCAUGUUCUCAAAGUUCGAGACUCUCCAGGUCUUCCAGUACCCCUAGGAAGAAGACAGGAUGGAUGUGGAUCAGUUACGUGUUCUAUUGGAUUUUGUUACCUGCAAGGUUCCUGCUCGGCCUUCCAGCUAUUCUUUACCGUUCUGGAGGCACGACUGCACCAGGAAGCAAUCAGCUGAAGCAUCGGAGUAGCUCUCUGAACAAGGUGCAGUUUCUCAAGGAUCACAUUGUCCAGCGCACUACUGAUAGGAGGCGUGGAGUCAUUGAGGAUCUUCAUCUGGCGAUUGAGAUAUUCAUAGAAGCCGUAUUUGAUGUCGUUCAUAAGGCAGCUCAUUUUGUUCUUCACCCAUUUGUUGCUCUGAGAACUCUAUUUGGGUUGUUCUCGUCGAAUAGCAACAGAGAAGAUGCUUAUGAUGAUGCUUCGGAAGCUACUGUUCCCACAGCUACACUUGGGGAUGAUGAUGCAGCUCCUACAGAACGGAACACUUCAUUUCAGGCGCUCAAUACUGAUGCUCGUACAUGUCAGGAUGUGAUUACAGAGCUUGGGUACCCAUAUGAAGCUAUUCAUGUGGUCACUAGUGAUGGAUAUGUUCUUCUUUUGGAAAGAAUCCCAAGACGUGAUUCACGGAAAGCUGUUUAUCUACAACAUGGAAUUCUAGAUUCAUCUAUGGGUUGGGUGUCCAAUGGGGUUGUUGGUUCUCCUGCGUUUGCCGCAUAUGAUCAAGGAUAUGAUGUCUUCCUUGGGAACUUUCGUGGCUUGGUUUCUAGGGAACACAUUGACAAAAGCAUUUCCUCACGACAGUACUGGCACUACUCGAUCAAUGAGCAUGGGACUCAGGAUAUUCCUGCAAUGAUUGAGAAGAUCCACCAAGUUAAAACUGCGGAGUUGAAGCUUAGUCAACCUGAUAUCGAGGAAGAAACCAAUGGUGAUCAACCUUAUAAGCUCUGUGCAGUUUGUCAUAGCUUGGGAGGUGCAGCUAUAUUAAUGUAUGUUGUGACACAGAGGAUAGAAGAGAAACCCCACAGACUAUCAAGAUUGGUUUUAUUAUCACCUGCUGGCUUUCAUGAAGAUUCAUCCUUCAUGUUUUCUGUCGUGCAAUACUCCUUUCUUCUAUUGGCUCCUCUUUUGCAACCCCUUGUUCCCGGCAUCUAUAUACCAACCAGAUUUUUUCGCAUGCUUCUAAACAAGUUGGCACGGGACUUCCAUAAUUACCCUGCUGUUGGAGGAUUGGUCCAGACACUGAUGAGUUAUUUUGUUGGGGGAGAUAGUUCAAAUUGGGUUGGUGUGUUGGGGAUACCGCAUUAUAAUAUGAAUGAUAUGCCGGGGGUAUCAUUCCAAGUGGCUCUUCAUCUUGCACAAAUGAAGCGUGCAAAAAGGUUUAGGAUGUUUGAUUAUGGAAAAUCUGGUAAUAUCAAGUUUUAUGGAUCGCCGGAGCCAUUAGACUUGGGAGAGUACUAUGGGCUCAUUGAUAUUCCUGUUGAUCUUGUUGCUGGACGGAAGGACAAGGUUAUCAGGCCAUCAAUGGUGAAGAAGCAUUAUAAGGUGAUGAAGAAUUUAGGCGUAAAUGUAUCAUACAAUGAGUUUGAGUAUGCACAUUUGGACUUCACAUUUUCCCACCGAGAAGAACUCCUGGCUUAUGUCAUGUCACGCUGCUUGCUUGUGGAGCCACCGUCAAAACAGUCCAGCCCGAAGGGUCUGAAGCUAAAGAAGAAAGGACAGCAGGUUAAUAGUUAAUUCGAGAAAAAACCAUGCUGUUCGUAGUUUUUGUGUGCGAUGUAGCAUAUGUAUCUUCAGAUGCAGAUUAUUGUUAUAGAUGAUUGAAUAUGCCAGUGUAUCUUACUCACAGAGCAACCAGUGAUUACAGUUACUGCCACUUUUUGCUUUCCCACCACUUUUUCUGUGGGGAGCGAAUUGUCUGGGUUGCCGGGGCGGAGCUUUGUACAAAAACCCCUUUGUAUAGUUUGUAAUUAAACAUGACUGUUAUUUAACCUGUCAUUUCCUGUCAUUAACAUAUCUUAAUGCUUGGGGGAAUUCCAUCUGUU